GACAGAGAGAAAGAGAGAGAGGGGAGAGAGAGACAGAGAGAGAGACAGAGACAGAGAGACAGAGAGAGAGAGACAGAGAGAGAGAGAGCGAGAGAGAGACAGACAGAGAGAGAGAGAGACAGAGCGAGAGACAGAGAGAGAGACAGACAGAGCGAGAGAGAGACAGACAGAGAGAGAGAGAGCGAGAGAAUCAGAGAACGAGAGUCGGUUUAACCCCUUGCGGUCUUUUCCGGGAUCACGCCACCGCUUCCUCUCGGGAUCACAGCCGAUCCUCCAGCGGACGGGACGGGGCGCGGGUUGAUAUAAAUACACACGAUGCACCACCGCAGCUCCACUGCGACACGGUGUGAUCCGGAGGAGGAGACACUUCACGGGGUAAAGGCAGGCUGAGUGUGCUCCCAGAAGGAGUUGGAGGAACUCAUCUCCGCGUGCAGCCGGGAUUAGACCAGAGGGAACAAUAGUCUCCAGCCGCAGGAACACCAGCAGGCCUGUGGGCCCCCGGUGGUGCGGUGGAGAAGAUGGACAGGAUGAAGAUAAUCAAGCGGCGGCUGUCCAUGUCGCUACGCAGCGCCCGGCCCGUUGACGACUCGCUGUCGGAGCUGGCCGAGCAGAUGGCCCUGGACGAGCCGGCCGCCGCCAAGGACAACGGUGAGACGCACGCAGGUAUCGUCCACGAGAAUGUGAAGAUGGGUUCGGAUGGGGAGAGUGACCAAGCAUCAGGGACGUCUUCUGAUGAGGUCCAGAGUCCAGUGAGGGUUCGAAUGAGGAACAACCACCAUCGGCGCAUCUCCAACGAGGACAUAAACAAACGUUUGUCUCUGCCCGCUGAUAUCCGGCUACCGGAGGGCUACUUGGAGAAGUUUGCCAUGAACAGCCCGCCCUUUGACAAACCCAUGAGCCGCAGGCUACGGCGCGCUUCAUUGUCUGAAAUCGGCUUCGGGAAACUCGAGACCUACAUCAAACUGGACAAACUAGGAGAGGGGACGUAUGCCACGGUGUUUAAGGGGCGGAGCAAGUUAACGGACAACUUGGUGGCUCUGAAAGAGAUCCGGCUGGAGCACGAAGAGGGGGCGCCCUGCACCGCUAUCAGAGAAGUGUCUCUGCUGAAAGACUUAAAGCACGCAAAUAUCGUCACCCUUCAUGACAUCAUCCACACGGACAAGUGCCUGACUCUGGUGUUUGAGUACCUGGAGAAAGACCUGAAACAGUACAUGGAUGACUGUGGAAGCAUCAUGAGCGUCCACAAUGUGAAGAUCUUCCUGUUCCAGCUGUUACGAGGUCUGGCGUACUGCCACAGGAGAAAGGUUCUCCACAGAGACCUCAAACCCCAGAACCUGCUCAUCAAUGAAAAAGGAGAACUCAAACUGGCAGACUUUGGAUUGGCUCGAGCCAAGUCCGUUCCCACGAAGACCUACUCCAACGAGGUGGUGACCCUGUGGUACCGGCCGCCGGACGUUCUUCUGGGCUCCACCGAGUACUCCACACCCAUCGACAUGUGGGGAGUGGGCUGCAUCUUUUACGAGAUGAUCACCGGCAGACCUCUCUUUCCCGGAUCGACUGUGGAGGACGAGCUUCACCUCAUAUUCCGCAUCCUCGGUACUCCCACAGAAGAGACUUGGCCCGGCAUCACCACCAGUGAGGAGUUUAAAACCUACAAUUUCCCCCGAUACCGCGCAGAGCCGCUCAUCAACCAUGCGCCCAGGAUAGACAACGACGGACACGACCUGCUCUCAGUGCUUCUUCAGUUUGAGGCUAAGAAGCGAGUCUCGGCCGAGGAAGCUCUCACUCACUCGUACUUCAAGUGUUUCGGGGAGCAGCUUCAGACGCUGGCCGACACCGCAUCCAUCUUCUCUGUAAAAGGCAUUCAGCUCCAGAAAGAUCCGGGGAAGAGAUCAUCAGUCUACCCUGAGUCAACCCAGGGGAAGAGCAGGAGGCAGAGUGUGUUGUUUUAGUGUCGGCGGUGCUGAAGUGAGGAGGACAUGUGGAUCCGUCCUGUCAGACCACACACACACAAACUGAAGGAGCGACACACACACACACACCUACACACUGAAGGAGCGACACACACACACACACCUACACACUGAAGGAGCGACACACACACACACACACAAACUGAAGGAGCGACACACACACACCUACACACUGAAGGAGCGACACACACACACACACACUGAAGGAGCGACACACACACACCUACACACUGAAGGAGCGACACACACACCUACACACUGAAGGAGCGACACACACACACACACACACACUGAAGGAGCGAUACACACACACACACACUGAAGGAGCGAUACACACACACACUGAAGGAUCGACCCACACAUACACAUUGAAGGAGCGACGCACACACACACUGAAGGAACGACACACACACACUGAAGGAGCGACAUACACACUGAAGGAGCGACACACACACACACUGAAGAAGAAACACACACACACGUGUAGCAACAACAAAACACACAAGUUAAGUGUCACAUUUGUGCGUGACAACAACCCUCAGAGUUCAGGAUUCUCCUUGCUGCUACGACCGCUGCUGUCCAAAAGAGGGCAGCGCUGAGGACUUUUGGAACAGAACUUGCUGCAUCAGCGAGCUGUGAGGAAGAAGGAGGAAGAAGUAGAAGAUGAAGAGGUAAAAGAAAAGGAGGAAGAAGUAAAGGAACAACAACAGAAACAAAGAAGACAUUCUCUUGAGCUCUGUUCUGUUGUACAUAAAGAGACUGAGCUGUAGAAUAUUGCACCUGAACCCUCGGCGAACCUCUCUGCCCUUUAUUUAUCUUUUAGAGCAACACAAAUACACAAACUCUCUCAUCUCUCUCUCUUUAAUACACACACACACUCUUGUGAUUCACUCGAAAGUUAAGAGUGUGAGUUUAGGGAACCUUUAGCACCUUAUUGUCCAGUAGAGGUCCGAGUGGCGUCAGGAAGUAGAGAACCUGCCAGAUUUGAGAGUGAAGAAGAAUCAAAUAACAAACCAAAAAAACAACAACUCACUAACCAUAAAGGACAGAUGUGUUUACACUCUUAGAAAUAAAGGUUCUAACUAGAACCACACAUGGUUCUUUGGCUUGUCCUUAUUGGAGAACCCUUUUUUUGUUCAUGGUAGAACCUUUUGUAAAGGUACCACCAGGAAAGGGUUACACCUAGAACCAUCUGUAAGACGCCUCGAUUAGAGGAUCUACAGAGAACCCUUCUAUGGUGGAAUGGUUCCAACCCAGAAUACUCUCUGGAAGUAUGGUCCUGAUCUUGGAUAAUAAAAACCCACCCACACAGGGGGUUCUAUUAAUACCCUUUUAUAAACCAAGGGUUCCCUCGAUAAUCAACCAGGGUAAAACCCUGACUAAAAAAGGUUUCUAUGGAGAACCCUUUUUUUGUUCUAGAUCCAGUCCAAGGGGUUCUACAGAGAACCUUUUUUAUAUUCCAAUGUUUUAUCCAAAAGGCUGCAGUGCAACCCACAACAAUCCUGGUUGAGGUUUUUUUUUUGGGGGGGGGGUUCUGGAUUGUGGGCGUUGAAAAUGAAACUCUUAAUGUCACAAAGAAACCUGGAAUUGUAUUUGAAACUAACUUGAUAAACAGAAGAGUACUACAAUCGUGCUGCAGCCGGCGAUAACUCAGUUAAUUAUAUUUUCAACAUAUAUUCAGUAAUUUAUUUCAGUAGUGUAAAAUGUCCACAACAGGGUGUUUACAUUUCCAGAGGAAGGGAUGUCUGUGCUGGCGAUGUUGUCGAGGGAAGUUCCCUUAAGGGAGUAGGGGUUACGGUUUAGCCCUCUCCUCAAAAAUAAUGGUUCUGGGUAGAACCUCAGCCCUUCAGGAAGAACCCUUUGUAACCCUAUAUUUCUAAGAGUGUACCUUCCCCAAUGAACUUUGACACUAUACUUCAGUACAAUGAAAAUAUUUCCAGACCAUUUGUCUUGUGGAGACUCUUCCAGUCCACGAGAAAGACAACCUGUGAGGACGGAGGCGUAAAGGAAGUGGGCAAACCCUCACGUUAUUCUUAGAUGUUCCCUCUUUUGCCUUUGACUCAGAAGUUGUCUUGAUUAGUUGUGUGGUGUGCAGGUGUUGAUGUUGAAAACGUUCACCUGAUUCUUUUUACCUCUUUUAGAUCACGAGUAGACCAUUCGACAACCCCGAACAUCUCCCGCCCGACUUCACUCGCAUUUACUUUUUACUUUAUUUUUCUUCGAUCUGUACAAUGUUUUACUUGUCGAGAAGCAAUGAUAAUUCCAGGAUGCUGUUCUCAGUCUUUACUGUGUUCCCACUUGAACAGGGUGGCGACUGGCUGGGGACGUGUUGCACAUUCCUUGAGCUCAGGACUUAUUGCUUGUGUCAUUUGUGUGGUUUGCUGUGAGGUACAUGCUGGUCUCGCCUGUCUCCCAGUAGAGCAGAGGAGGUCAAACAUGGCCCUGAAACCCUUUUUGCAAAGCUGGUUUAAAAAAAAAGAAGAAUAUAUGUGAAGGAGAAGAAUCAUUUCUUAGCAUCGACCUGUCAGCCUUCUGUGCCGUUCACACUUAAUUUGGCCAUCAUCGUCUUUGCUUUUCCUCUUCUUUCAGCAUGUUUGUGUAUUAAACACAAUGUGGAAAAGCUGCUGCUAGGAAAAAGGAAUACCUCCAGUCGGUUUAGAUUGUGCAUGAGAUAUGACUUUAUUACAUUUGUUUUUACACCAAACAUCACAUCUGCAAUUAGUCCAAUAAAAGAGUAGAAUGGACAUUCUCAUUUGAAUCAUGUAGCAGGAUCGUUAGACUGGCGGACCUUUUUUAUGUAUAGCGUUGCCAUUAUGACCGCUGCAACGGGCUGACCUCCAUAUAAACUGAACCAACGAACGACAGCUUGUUGAGUGGAGGUUUUACAGUCACGACUAAAACAAGCAGCAAGUAAAAAAAAAAAAAAGAAGGAAGCCUCAUCCGUACACUCUUGUCACAGCGUUGGAAAAAACAUCGUCACCAGACAAGAGACAACUUUGUUCUCCUCAUUUUAUUUAACCAAUGUAGCAUGAAAGGAUGGUGGAAUUAGCAAACUAGUACAUCAACUAAUUCCACCAUGUUUUCAUGCUACAGCGGUUUCAGAUAUAGAGCUGAUUCUACCCAGUGGAUCGCUAGCUGGCUAAUUCCUCCAUACUUUACUGCUACACUGGUUACAUAAAAUGAGCCGAACAGCGUUCUGGGUCUAUCAGUCUCUCUACCUCACUUCCCACUUCUCCGGAGAAAGACAAGCUACCUAUCUAACUCUCUGGAGCUCCGACCACUAAAACACUCUGUUCAGCUCCUCAAACAAGAUGAAGGCAAUGACAACAAAGUAUUCAGUAACUAUAGCAUGUGCUGCCAGCAUUGGGACCAGAGAGUGUGUCGGACCAAUCAGACUUCACAGUGAAUAGUAUGUAGUAACUAUAAAACUGGGCGUGAACAUCGCUGAGAUAUAACAGGGCUUGAAGCACUCAAUACACACGUGGCUUCCUGCUGAUAUUGUCACCGGCUGUCAGAAACAACAGGACUUAAAAAGUCGAUCCUUCAAGCACACAACUGUUCACAAACCAAUCAGUUGCCAUGUCAACGUGUACUGUAUCUUUGGAGAUGGCCUGCGAGUGUAGAUUGGAGUUUCCUGUUCCUCAGGCCAGAAGGACUACUUAUUCAGUAUGUGACAGUAUGUAGCAUGUACAUAGACGACCCCGCACUCUGUUUAUAUAUAAAAAGUGUACAGGUUUGAUACAGCUAUUCACACUCUGGCUUUUUAUUUUUUUGCUUUUCCUUAAUGAAAGUCAUAGCAAGAUCAAUAACAACAAAAAACAAGGUGAUAGGAUGAGUUUGAUUGAGUUCUAUAGCGAGGGAGAAAUGACUGAAUGAUCAAACUGUGAGACUUGACGAAAGUGAUGACAUUGUUGUUGUUUUUUUCUCUCCUUGCUGUUUUAACAUGCUGGAUCCAAAAGGCUGGAGUGAAGUAUCAUGUUGUAAAUGAGUAUAACACACUGAUUAUUUUGUAUCGAUGAAAGCCAUAAAGGUGACAGAUCUGUUUGUGUUCGAGGGGUGCACCGAGUUGGAGCACAGACCUUUGAGAAACAAAUGGGGUGUGAACACCUAAUAAAACCAA